AUGUUGACCGUCUCCAUGGUGACAAGACGCCGCACGGAGUUGCUGUUCCUGAAAGAGCCGGCGGUAGAGCUGGAAUUUCUCAUUGUCGCUCAAUCUCGCAUAACUGAAUCCCUUUCUCUGACCAUGGGCAUCUAUUCAAGUACUUUCCAUCAGAGUGGAGGACAGUUACUCCUGGAGUUCACUGACCCAUCCCAGGCAAACUGGAUCACCUCACACGCAGAGGCGUGUCAAAUGACCAUUCCAGAGGUGCAGAGGUACUGGGGUCGCUUUGUCCUCCUGCAGCCUGACAGAGACGGGAACGUUCCCCUCAAUCGCUUCCUCACCAAGGAAAUAUUUAGCCACCAGUUGCUCGAGCAGAUGCCUCUCACACCGGAUGGCCUGAUGACUUUCCAGACAUUUUGCAAUGCUGUGUCAUGGUUCUCCAAGGCCAGUGUCGAGACCAAACUCCGAGCACUGCACCAGACAUUGACUUUCAAAAGCCCACUCAACCAAGAUGCACUCCAACCACUUCUGCAGGAUGUCUACCCCAGUGAGCCUUCAGAGACCAUCUCACAGCUCUCACAGCUUUUAAUGAGCGAAGUUGAUAGGAAGCGUCAAGCUGGCAUGAAGCAUGAAUUUUCUGAAGAUGUCAUUGCAGGAGAAGGUGACAAGGGAGGUUUAGAGCAGCAAAAAAAUGGAGCUGAGAUGCAGAGCAGUCAGAAUAGCAGUGGAACUGGGUUGGGAGGCUGA